AUGUCGGCGAUCUUCGGCCCCACGGGCGUCGUCAUCGAGGAGGCGGGGCUCGCGGACGAGAACGUCCUCGUCGCGGACCUCGACCUCGCGGAGGCGACGGCGCUCUACGCGGCCAAAUCCGUGCGCGACGGGUACGCGCACAAGGCGACCUGGGACGGCGCGCUGGGCAAGGUCGCCUGCUGCACGCAGUGCGCCACGCCAAUUCCGCUGUCGGCGCACGUGAAACCCGAGACCGGCGCCAUCAACGUCAGCGCCGCGCCGGGGAAGCCGGUCGUCAUCGACCUCGCGGACUCCGACGACGACGAGAAGCCCGCCAAGGCGCGGCGCGUCGCUGAGGUCAUCGACCUCGAGUCCGACGACGAGGCGCCGCCCGCGCCCGCGGCGCCGCGGCCCGCGCCCGCGGCCGCGCCCAAGAAGGGCCCGCCGGUCCCGCCGCUCAAGGGCGUCAAGCCCGAGAAGCGGCCCGUGAAGCCCGAGGCCGUCAAGCCCGAGAAGAAGCGCCCCGCGGACGACGACGGCGACGUGCCGCUCUUCUCCCUCAAGAAGAAGGUCUCGGCGCCGCCGCCGAAGAAGGCGCGGCUCAGCGAGGCCGGGAGCUCCGACGACGACGGCGAGCCGCCGCCGCCGCCGCCGCAGCGGGCCGACUUCGCGGCCUGGCUCGCGGAGCGCGAGAAGUCCGGCGUGCCCGCGCUCGACGCGGACCAGCGGCGCGCCUGCGACGCCGUCGCGGAGACGGCGCUCGCGGCGCGCGAGCAGGCGCUCGAGGACAAGCUCGAGGCGGCCAAGGAGCAGCGCGAGCGCAAGGGCAAGCGGUCCUACGAGACGUCGCUCGAGCGCAAGCUCUACGAGGAGCUCCAGAAGCUCCGGAGCCACUGCGCGUCGUACUGCGGCCACGACGUCGACGCGAACGGCAACGCGGCGCCGAACGGCGAGACGCUCUUCCCCUACGUCCGCUUCUCCAAGGGCCGCGAGGAGGUCGUGCUGCCCGCGCUCUUCGACGAGGAGCUCGCGUUGGCGCUCGCGCGGCCCCUCAAGGGCGUCGACGUGAAGACGCCGAAGCUCUCGAAGACGUUCUACGACCUGUGCGACGCGCUCGCGAAGGAGGCCGAGGACCUCGGCGGCGCCGACGCGCUCGGCAUGGGGCCCGUGGCCCUCAAGGGCGUGCUCGAGGGCAUGCCGCAGUCCGCGGCGCGCGACCGCGCGCUCGAGAUCGUCGCGAACCUCGACCCGUCGCUCGACCAGGACGCGCCGGGCGUGCUCCACUGGCAGACGAAGAAGCCGUCCGUCGCGCGCGAGGAGUACGGCGGCUCCGGCGUCGGCUCGACGUCCAAGGGCAAGGCCGGCCGCUGCUACAAGUGCCAGCAGCUCGGCCACUGGGCGAGCGACUGCCCGAACUGA